CCACAACCACAAAACAUCAAAGAAACGUAGUAUUAAUUUCCCAAUACACCGUUAAAGAAGGAAGAGAGCUUUUUCUCUCUUUGAUCGGUAGCUAGCGUUUGUGAGUCUCUCUCUCUCUUUCUCUCCCUCUGCAAUAUAACAUCAAGAAAACAAGAAGAGAAGAGUAUCAAAAUCAUAUUAGAACAUGGCACGCAAGGCAGUGUUGAUAGGAUGCAAUUACCCAGGAACCAAAGCAGCGCUCAAAGGUUGCAUAAACGAUGUGAAGAGGAUGUAUCAGUGCCUCGUAGAUCGAUUUGGGUUUGCAGAAGAAGACAUCACAGUCUUGAUCGACACGGACGAUUCCUACACUCAGCCAACUGGGCGGAAUAUCCGCAGAGCUCUGUCGGAUCUGGUGCGAUCGGCGGAGCCCGGAGACUUUCUCUUUGUUCAUUACAGUGGCCACGGCACCCGCCUUCCGGCCGAGACCGGUGAAGAUGAUGAUACUGGAUACGAUGAGUGCAUUGUUCCUUCUGAUAUGAAUCUCAUCACUGAUGAUGAUUUCAGGGAGAUUGUAGACAGCGUUCCUGAAGGUUGCAGCCUAACCAUUGUGUCCGAUUCGUGCCACAGUGGUGGCCUAAUUGACGAGACCAAGGAGCAGAUCGGAGAAAGUACAAAUCGUCACGAAAACAGCUCAGGUUCUUCCGGUUUUGGCUUUAAAAGCUUUUUGAAACAGACGGUGGAAGGUGCUUUCGAGUCUCGCGGAAUUAGCAUACCCCAUCGCCGUCAUCACGAGGAGGAAACUGAAGCCGACAGAGAUGUUCAGAUUGCAUAUGGUGAGCACGGCUAUGUUAAGGGCAGAGAGCUGCCCCUUUCGACUCUCAUCGACAUACUCAAGCAGAAAACUGGUAAGGAGGACAUUGAUGUCGGGAAGCUGAGGCCAACACUUUUCGAUGUGUUUGGUGAAGAUGCAAGCCCUAAGGUGAAGAAGUUCAUGAAGGUGAUCAUGAACAAACUUCAGCAAGGUGAAGGAGAAAGUGGAGAAGGAAGUGGGUUGUUGGGGAUGGUUGGAAGUCUGGCUCAAGAGUUUCUCAAACAGAAGCUAGAGAAUAACGAUGAAGGGUAUGCAAAACCAGCCAUGGAGACACACGUAGAGAGCAAGCAAGAGGUCUAUGCCGGAUCAACCAAGCGUGCCCUUCCGGAUAACGGAAUCCUUAUUAGCGGCUGCCAGACUGACCAAACAUCUGCUGAUGCCACCCCAUCAGGCAAUGCUGCUGCAGCAUAUGGAGCUCUCAGCAAUGCUAUUCAGACUAUCCUCUCCGAGACAGAUGGUACAGUGAGUAAUCAGGAGCUUGUUUUGAGGGCUCGAGAGGUGCUGAAGAGCCAGGGAUUCACUCAGCGACCCGGCCUCUAUUGCAGUGAUCAUCAUGUUGAUGCACCUUUUUGCGUGCCAAGCUAAAAGCACCUUAGCCAUUUUGAGAAUAAAUAACGAUAUGGGGUUUUGAUGUGGUUUGUGUCUGAUGUUGAGAUGUGUGUGUGUGAGAGUGUGUGAAUUCAUUGUACUGGUUUGCUUUUGGGAUUUGGUGAACGAAGAAGCUUUAUCAAAAAGGAUUUUUCUA